GUCCUUGGUCCGAUCGAUAAUUCGUUGCCGUCUAAUCUUCAGUCGCAAGUUAUAACACAAUUGUCUACGCAAGAUACUAUACGUCAGUUCUUCAGAUACCACUAGUAACAGCCUACUGUUCGAGAGAACAAACCAGAUUCCAACAGAAGAGGGAAUUAGGAAAAUACGUUGUUAGUGCAUAGGAUAUAUAUUGUUGAAAUCACCAAUCGACAUCGCGAGGCAAGCUCUAGCUUGGAAUCCUGAAGGGGGAACGUAAAGGAGGAAGACCAAGAAACAUACUGUAUCGCGAACUGGAAGGAGACAUGAAAAUAAUAAACAGCAACUGGGAAGGAUUGCCCAUGAUAGAGUUCGUCGGAGAACCGUGAUUGGUGGCCUAUAGUCUUUCACGAAGGAUAACAGGCGUAAGUUAAGUGUAUAAGACGAAAAUUGUUCAACUAAAUAGGUAGGGACCUAAAACACUAGAUUGUUCAAUCGUUUACGUUGAAAUUAAGUAUAGUUCGCUAGGUCAGUGUAUUAAGUCGGUUGAUAAGUAUAUCAAUCUUCGUCAGUAAUUGAAGUUCCUGGUGGACCUCCAUCUCACUAGAUAGUUCAGUCGUCAUAGGCCACGGAGAGUAGGACAGUGUGAUCGAUGUCGUAGGGGCAGCGGGCCAGUUAAACUGUAAGAAUAACUCACGCGAAACAGGCUUUUAAAAGCAACUGAUGAAGAGCGAUUUUCUAGUACAUCACCAGAGUCCUUAGUAUGGAUAUAAAAAAAUAAAAACAUGUGAUUGUAAAUGCGGUUCAUUUGAAUGCGAAACUAAUUUCUGCCAGUUGUAUUCAUCAUUCGUUUUGUGUGUGAUCUAGGAUACUACCUGAGUGCUGAAACGUAAGCGGGUAGUUUUCUUAGGUUGCCACCCCUCGAGGCUUUGACCUAGAGGUCUAAUCCGCAAAGUAUUGUAACAACGUUAGAAGAUGCAGUUCAGUGGUUGUCAGUGACCAACAGUAGGUUCAUACGCUUUUUGUUUCCUCAGGAUCCUAACGUCUUUGUACAUCAGGGUUUUCCGAAUCUCCUAAGUGAAUCCUUCGUACCCAUUAACCUGGUUUAAGCCCUGAAUAUUCGGUUUUGGUCUUCUUAAUUUCAUGAACAAUAAUCUAGCCGCGAGAAAGUAGUGAACAGGACUUUCCUGGCAGUGGCUGUAUACGCGUGUCUAUGUGAGAACAUUUUGAGAGGGAGGGUGGACUCUCUCGACCGUGCCGGAACAUUUGAGGGCGAUGUUUCAUAGACCUAUCAAGUAUCGAACACAUUCAGAGAUUUCAGCAACUACCUAAACUUUAGAUCACUAGGUUUGAUUACAAUGAUUAAUUUUUUUAACUUUGGUUAGAUGUUGGCACUGUUGACCGCCAUUUAUCGUCACUAGUGGUACCUAUCAUUCACCUAUAUAAGGUCAAAACAGUUGUCCAGUACACUGAGGUUUUCAGGUGUUAUCGGGCUAGAUUUAGUCUAUAAGGUAAUUCACGUAUUAAACAAUCUCUAAAUACAUCGUUUGCUAAUAACCGUGUGCUUAUAGUGAAUAAAUUCAAGAGGAAACUCUCAAUUUUUGUGAAAAGCAGUGACCAGUGAAUGUAAACAAUGUCUGUCUUAAAAAAUAACAGGAAUUCCAAUGGAUUAUGGUAGAGAAAUCUCGAUUUUUUAGCUGAAUUCUUAGCAAAAUGUCAUACGAAGUAUACUAAGUCAAAUCCAAGUUUGGCUUAGCUAUAUCAUUCACGUGGAAUAAUAAUCUAACCAAGGUAAGUGCUCACCAAUCCCUAACAAUGUCAGUCGAUCUAUGUACAAAUGCUCAUGAGAAGAAACUUAUCAUUCAGCCUUUGAUAGUAAAACCUUCUUCAUAGUCUAGUCUUAUGAUUUUCGCUAUUCAGGUUGAUCGAACAUUAAUAUGACGAGUAAUUGCUGUGCCCGAAUUCAGGCUGUAUUGCAUUUAUGUUUUGUUUGGAAAACUCAUUCCAAUAAUUUUCUCAAACAGUCAGGGUUACUCAUUUCACAGAUGGGGGGGGUGGAAUUUGAUGUAAUUAAGUAGUAUCCAUUUAUCAGGAUAAACGAUAAACGUUUUGAGACUAUAAUAACGGGAUAUCACAAAGUAUUAGCUGUUAUUUACUAACUUGAAAUCCAAGUUAAUUUAUUUUUUAGAAAAUGUAAAAUGUUACUCUUUAAUGAUGUUCUUAAUCUAGUACUAUUAAUGAAACAAAUUAUUGAAUCAUUCUAUCCUUUUUCAGUUGAAACAUUGAUCACCAAAUAGAGAUGAUGACGAUGAUACUUCAAAAGAAUUAUAUAACAAUUAUUUUACAUUUUUACAACAAGAUGACAUCUUCAUUAGUAUAAGAAUUAUUAUUAUUCUUAUUCAUAAUAAUGAUUACAUUUAUUACAAUUUUGAUUAAGUUUGAAAAUAUCAUAAUUGAGAUAAACUAAGAUUGUAAUCUUUUUUCUAGAUCACUUACUUAGUUGAUAAGUGAUGUGCUGUGUAUAGAAGAACAGGUAUAUUUGUGUAUUUUUAUGGUGAAUGUAUAUGUGCGUAGUUAUUAUACACAAAAAAAAAUAAAGAAAAUUAUAGUAUAGUGAAAUCAUGAUAAAUUAAUUUGAUUGGUUGAUUAGUCUCUAUGGCCUCUUCUCAAUAAAUUCUUCGAUUAUCAUUUUCUUAUCAUUAAUAAUUUAUUAUUUUCCAGUAAAGCGAUAUACUUUUAUAGUUGGGAUCCCUUUAACUAACUGUACUAAUAUACAUGAUAUAUGCAUACCAUCCAUAUAAUUAUAGAAAUUUAGAUACGUAUGUUUGUGUGCGUGUGUGCGCGUAUUGUUUGUUGAUUGGUUUUAUAAAAUGUAUUUCAUUUAUUCCUAUAGUACACUUUCAUUUACAUUUUACUAUUAAAAGCAUUGAAAUUCAUGUCAAUAUAAGACAUUAAAUUAUCAGUGUACUCAUCAUUAUUAUUCAUUAAAGAGUUUAAAUAGGCAUAAAAUGGAACCAUUUGUACAAGUAUUCUUUGCUAUUGACAAAGAUGGAACUGAAACUAUCACAAUAGAUGAAUUGAAAAAGUAUGUUGCUGAUAAUAAUCUUGAUGAAAUGAUGGUUACAAAAUGGAAAUCAUUAUUUGAUGCCAAAAAUACUGGGAAGAUAACGUUUAGUACUUUUUGUGAAGUAUUGGGUUUAAGUCCUGCACAAGCAGUAGCCAUGAAAACACAACAUCAACAAUCAGCUUCUGCGAAACUUCAUCCAGAUGUUGUUGUAAUCUAUGAACAGCUUCCAUUGGAUAAACAAAUUGCUAUCAGUAAUAAAGCAAUUGAAAUCUUAACAUCUUCAAAGAAAUUAGAUGAGAAAGAUCAAGCUGUUCAAUUGAAACAAUGGUUAGAUAACACUUACGGUAAAGCAUGGCAUGUUGUCAUAGUUAAAGGAUCAUUUUGGAGUAGUUAUUCACAUAGUGCUAAUAAGUGUUUUAUAUUUCGAGUACGUGAUGUAUCUUAUCUUAUAUGGAGAACACCAGAUGAAGAAAUAACCAGUACAUAGUUAAAUAACUAGAUAACUUGAAGAAAAACAAAUAAUUUAAUAUGAUAGAUAACAGAUGUUUUUUUCGUAACAUAAAAUAACAAAUACUAUUAUGAUGAAGAUGAUAUCCGGGGAUAAUUAAUUUUUCUUAAAUUUUACCUUUAAAAGAAUAUGAUUCUUCAAAUUAUUUGUUUUAAUGCUUAUUUAAUUGAAAACAUUAAUAGAUAACUUGUAUCUAGCCCAAAUAAAUUCAUUAUUCAUCAAGUGAUCUGAUAUUUUGUUCAAUGGAUUUGGUGUUUAACUUGAAGGUGACAUUCAUUGUGAAUGAAUAUUGAGUGGGGUACUAUUGAAAACAGGGAAGUGUUGGAUACUUGCUCUCUCCUAGUUUGGAAUUAUACAGGAUUGGCAACUCCUGAUCAAACCACUGCCUUUCUAGUCUCUCAUCCAGUUUGUUACGCUUAAUCCCUUGAUUCAAAAUCAAUUAGUCUGUAUUAUCAUCUUUAGUCGACAGCACUGUAGCAUUAAGAUUAUUCAAUGUCAUUAUUAACGGUUGGAUGUAAUAAAAUUGAAGAUGAAGACUUCCAUGCAAAACCAGUAAUCUGUGUACAAUGCAUUCACCACAAUAACUAAAUAUUCUUGGAGUUUCUGCUGAAAGAGUUGUUUGCAUAAAACUAUGAAAUAACUGUCCAUUGUUGUAUGCUUCCGCCUGGUGCACUAUGUAUUCUAAGUUUGAGGCGAAAACUGCCUUUCUGUCUUUUGGUUUAGAGAUACAUGUUUUACCUUUAAAAUGAUGAUGUUUUUCAGAGUAGAUUUUUUGAGCUUAAAUUGCACCUGACAAUGUUUCUGAAAAUUAUAUGCACAGAACUGUCAGUUUUUCUUCGAAACAUCCAAGUUUUGUUCCUUUUUAUGAUUGACAGUUAAACAUUUUUAUAUUUAAAAGUCACAAAAGUGUCUUAGUCAUAUUGCAAAUGAUUUUCUGAGAGUGGUAUUAUGCGGUUUAGGUAUCUUCAAUGAAACAAUUCUUGUAUCAUAAACUCCAUCGGUAGUAGUGUAGUGAACAACAACACCAGUGGGGACAAUCGAUUGUAUUAAACACAAAAUUACAGGACUUGUUA